CCUGCCGAGGGAGACGCUUCUUAAAGCGCUAGUGGACGUUUUCCUCGGCGAUCGCCAUCUCACGGCAGGUGCAACACUUCGUCCUCCGACCAAUUUCAUAAUGGCAAAUGAUUUAUAGCUAUUUAAAAUGGCUUAGUUAAAGCCUAAAAUAAAAGCCAUUUUUACCCGUAUGAAAUUCUGAAACAGCGUUGCUAAAAUUCAAAUGUCUUGGAGCCCGUUACAAUAUUCCCCUGGAAUAAGAAUAAACUGAUGAGAAUAUUUAUGGAGGACUGGAUGGAUGCUGUCCCACUGCGAGUCUAUUCAAGAAUAUAAGACCAUUAAGGACCAAGCUGUUGUCCCUACACCAUUCGGUCAGAUGGUCCAGCUCCAUCCUGUAGGCUGUCUCCUCAUUGGCUGAAAUCAUCACAGGACCCAGUAUUGGCACCGUGGCAGUGCUUGAAUUCUGCGGUCCAGGGUCCGGAAUGCCCGGGUCCCUCCUUUGGGCCACAGAUGUGUAUGGUAGAGCCUUUGUCCUUCACACCACUGGAGGAUGCUGGGAGCGCGCCAAGGAUGCUCAGCUGGAGCUGAAGCGUGUCACCGCUGCCGAGCAGUGCUGCUGGGCCGUGGGCUCUGACCAUCGGGUCUACGUCCACGUGCUUCCGCGCGACACGCCCAUGCGGCACCAAGAGGUGACGUAUGAGAACCAGAGAUGGAACCCAAUUGAUGGAUUCACAGACACGCUCCUGCCCACUGACCGCUGGCAGUGGACGGAUGAGUUGGGUCAGAACUCGCAGCCUCUCCACAGUUUCCAUUUGCCAUCUGAAAACUGGGAGUGGGAGGGAGACUGGUACGUGGACGAUGAGAGCUGCGGAAGAGAGAGCAGCGCCACCGGGGGCUGGGAGUACGCUGUGGACUUCCCUACCACCUUCAGCAAAGAGAAGAAGUGGAACUCAUGCGUCCGGCGCAGGCGAUGGCUCCGCAACAGGAAGUACAAAGCUUGGGGCUGCUGGGCCAAGGUACCUUUAGGAAAGGGCCGGCCUACUCCAGAGCACUUCAGUGAUAUCAGCUGUGGAGGCUGGGAGAUGAGUGACAGCCCAAAGAAGCCUAUCUCAGUGUGGGCUGUGUCUCAGCAAGGGAAGGUGUGGUUCCGCACGGAUGUGAAGCAGCAGAACCCGGAGGGCUCGGUUUGGGAGCUUGUGCCCGCACCCCAGGAGGUGACACAGAUCGAUGCCGGGCCCGGACACCUGCUGUGGGCCGUGGUGUGGGAUGGGCGCCUGCUCGUCAGAACGGGCAUCAACAAGGAUUGCCCGAAAGGUUCUUCAUGGAUAUUGGUGGAUCCUCCGAAUAAAGCCGGAGCCAUUCACAUAGCGGUGGGGGUCAACGUGGUCUGGGCAAUCACCAAAGAUAGCAAAGUGUGGUUCAGAAGAGGUGUAAACUCCCAUAGCUCCGCUGGCCUGGGCUGGAUCAGUGUUGGUGGAGAGUUGGUGAUGAUCACCGUGGGGCCCAACGACCAGGUGUGGGGGAUUGGCUGUGAGGAUAGGAGCAUAUAUUUUCGCCAUGGAGUGACCCCCACAGAGGUGACGGGUAAGGCGUGGGCCGCUGUGUGUGCCCCCCUGGCUCCCACCAACAGACCCAGUGGCAUCAGCCUCUUCAGCGGCGAGCUGACCGCUCCUUCCCAGGGUUCCGUGCUGGGCUGCGACGACUCGGACGGCGGUGCACCACACCUGCCCAAGAUCGCCAGCGAGAACUUCAUCUCCACGCUGGUGGCCGAUCGUCCUGCUCGGCCAGAAGGGACCCAGGAGGGGCAGCAGCCAGCCGGCCCCUUCCCUGAGACGCCCGUGGCCCCCUCCAGCCAGUCCAGAGGUGCCGAGCGGCAAUGGAGCAACGUGGACCUGGAGGAGAUCAAAGGUUCCUCCGCCGUGCAGAGUUCGGCGGCGGUUUUCCCCAUUGAGCAGGGUUCCAUCGAGGUGCAGGAGGAGCUGCCUCCGUGGGCCUGGAUCACAGGUGGUGGAUGUGAGAUCGACUCCAACAUGCACAUCACCUGGCUGGAGCCCCCAGACACAGAGUUUAUGUCUCCCUCCGAUUCUGCAAGAGAUGACAGGGGCUAUGUAGCAGAGGAUGACAGCCAUGAGGGAGCUGUGGAGAAGACUGUGAGUGUGAGAAAGGGCGUGAUGUGCUGGUGGAGAGACUGGAAGCCCAGGCGGUGGGAGGAGGUGGGCGUGACCUUAGAGCAGGUCAGGGGUGGUGGGGCGGAGCCAGAUGACAUCCUCUACAUCUUCUACACACACAACGAGCAGCGGAAGUAUCUGUAUGCAGUGAUAAAAGAGGUAACAGCCGUUGUUCCGAUGCCCCGGGACUCCAUGUGUGCGCUGGCUAUCUACACGCCUGAGAGGACCAAGCAGAGAUGGCCUGUUCUCCUAGCUACUCACUCUCAGCAGGACCUAGAGGACUGGCUGUCCCUGUUGAGUGAAUCAUGUCAGGAGUCCAGGGCUCCCCGGGGCGCCCCCUCCAAACGAGCCCUGUGGGCUGUCACCUCCAAAGGGGACGUCAUGGUGCACGAGCCCUCAUCCAGCCUGGAGGCACCAACCCAGUACCUGCCCUGUGACCAGAUGUUCUGGCGUCAGGUCCCAGGCCACCUGCUUUGUGUGGAGUCUAACAGUCUGGGUGUGGUGUGGGGCAUCAGCUAUGAACAUGCUGCCUGGGUCUACACGGGGGGCUGCACGGGAGGCGAAGCACAGGGUGAUGAAAUAAAUGAGCACACGUUGACUGACAUCAAAAACAUCUACAUCUACGAGAACCAGAGGUGGAACCCUGUCACGGGCUACACAGACAAGGGCCUUCCCAUGGACCGCCACAUGUGGAGCGACGCCCACGGACACAGGGAGUGCACCAAAGAGAACACCAAACCGCCCUCGCCGUUGUGGACGUGGGUGUCAGACUGGGCUGUUGACUAUAGUACCCCAGGAGGGACAGACAAAGAAGGCUGGCAGUAUGCUGCUGAUUUCCCAGCGACAUUUCAUGGCUAUAAGACCAUGAAGGACUUUGUGAGACGAAGACGAUGGAUCAGGAAAUGUAAGAUUACUUUAGCUGGGGCCUGGCAGAAAGUCCCGCCCAUCUCCCUAAUGGACGUUACCAUACUGCCAUGCCUGGCUCACAGCAGCCUGGAGCAGGUGCCUGUCUGGGCCAUCAGUGAGAAGGGGGAUGUGCUGUGCCGUCUGGGGGUUAACACCCAAAACCCAGCCGGCAGCUCCUGGCUCCACGUGGGCACGGACCAGCCAUUUAAAUCCAUCUCGAUCGGAGGAGGGCACCAGGUGUGGGCCAUCGCCCGUGAUGGAGCUGUCUUCUACCGCGGCUCAGUGUCAGUCCAAAAUCCUGCGGGUGAGUGCUGGUACCACAUUCCCUGCCCGCCAAAACAGGUGCUCAGGCAGGUGUCUGUAGGCAGGACCUCUGUUUACGCAGUGGAUGGAAACAAUAAUCUAUGGUACAGGCAGGGUUUGACCCCCAGUUAUCCUCAGGGUUCUGCAUGGGAGCUCAUCUCCAAUAACGUGUGCAAAGUCUCCGUUGGACCACUGGACCAGGUUUGGAUAAUCGCCGAUAAGGUUCCAGGCUACCCUGCUGAGAGCUCGGGUACUGUGUGCCACAGGGUAGGAGUACAGCCUAUGCACCCUAAGGGCUCAUCCUGGGACUUUGGAAUCGGCGGUGGGUGGGUGCACCUGUCGGUGAGGGGGAACUCUACAGAGGCCCAGCGCGCCGCCGCUCCGAGCCCCCUGCCCAGCAGGAACCAGGAGCAGGUGAAUGGGAACAUGGCAGCAUGUUAGACCUCAAUCCCCCUCCACUACACUCUCCAUCACAGCUGCGCGCACGCCUCAGACCUUGCUCCGGACACAGUGCUCCGUCAGUAGCCAGCUUCAUGUCGACUACGUGAUUUUUGAUUUGUUUUCCUUUGUGUGGCAGUGUGUGUGUGUGUGUUAUGUUUUUCCUUGUCUGUUUUAAACAUCUACAUGAACAGAAGCUAUAGUGCAUCUGUGGCCCUGGAGUCCAGCACGAUUUGAGAUGCCUGCUUGGGCUGACCUACUAAAGCUGAUGUAAGCAGUUCCUUUUACGAACACUUUUGCUGAAUUAUCUUGCUAUAAAUGUCUGUGACACUGCUGGGGAGUGUAAUUAGUUACUGAAAAAAAAUAAAAUUUGGUCCAGCUGUGUUAACCAAUCACAAAAUUUCUCCAGGAGGCGGUCCUCCCUCUCUGUCAAUCAUCUUGCAUGUGCAUGCAGCUUGGUAAGCAUGCAUGUCUUUAGGGGUGGGGCUUUGGAGAAAGGUUUGUAUGGGAUUAAAGGAAGGGGGUGGACUCCAUCAGAGGCUGUUUGGCAGGAGUUAGUAAGAACUGUAAAAUCGAUCACAGGGAGCUGUAAGGAGCUGAAUCAUGGAAAUCCAAUCAGAUCUGGAUUCCAGAAUUGGAUCCCCCUGGCUGCUCAGGGACAUAAAAUUAAAAUUAAACAUGGCUUUUUCAAAAUUCAUCCAUUUUUUAAAAUUGAAUUUGAAUCCUAAUUUACUGGUCACUUUAAAUGCUCCUUUUAUCCCUUUUUUCUUUAGUGGGUUGUUGUCUGUCUUGUACAUCUACAAAAGCUCAGAUUUAUGCUGUCCAGUUUGACCAGUACAUCUCCUUUAGAGACACAACAGAAUCAUUCCAUGUGAAUAAAUGCAGUGUUUUCAGCAU